AUGUCUGAAACCACAAAACACCAUUCCACCGAGGAGUUCACGGGUGAGCCACUUGAAUCCAUUACUACCGACACAUCUGUCGAACAACAUGCCGUCACUAAACUCGACGACGAACGCUUCAGUCUCUGGAGCGUGCUGGGUGUUCAGUACACUCUUGGCUGCGCUCCCCUGGCUAUCGCUGGGUAUUUGCAAUUCACCUUGGGCGUCGGAGGAAGCCCUUACUUUUUCUGGUGUUUUAUCGUGGCCGCGGUUGGUCAAGGCAACAUUGUGCUGAAUUUUGCUGAGCUAGCUUCAGCAUACCCCCAUGUUGCGGGUCAAACAUACUGGACGGCAAUCCUGGCUCCGCCAAAAUACCGACGUUUCCUAACCUACUUGAACGGAAUGAUGACACUUUGGGGAUGGAAUUUCGCCGUAGCUGGUGGUUAUUUUCUAAGCACGCAGUUCAUCCUCGGAACCGCUACCAUCAUCAAUAAUAGCUAUGUUCCUCAGCAUUACCAUAGCUUUUUGAUGUCCAUCGCCAUGUUCAUCAUUGCUAUCGCAAUGAACACUUGGCUCAUCAAAAUCUAUCCGGCUGUCACCAAAUUCUUUGUUGUCGCCAUCAACGUGGCCGUCAUCUACAUCAUCGUUGCGGUCCUCGCCAAGGCGCAGCCGAAGGCCGAUGCAAGGACGGUCUUCAUCGAUGUCAUUAACAACACAGGUUGGGGCUCGGAUGGUCUCGUUUUCUGUCUUGGAAUGCUGCCCGCGUUGGUUGCUCUGUGUCUUCCCGAUGGCGCCACGCACUUGACCGAAGAGUUGCCAAACCCUCAACGGCGCGUACCACAGGUCAUGAUCGGAUCAUUCCUCCUCUCAUUCUUGGGGGCAUUCGUCAUGAUCAUCGUCCUUUUGUUUUGUACCGUCAAUCCCGAGGCCCUCUUGGAACCUUUGGGGGGUCAACCUAUUUUUCAGAUAUGCUGGGAUGCGUGGCACAACACAGGCUUCCUGGUCACCAUCGGCAUCAUCUUAUCUGCAUCCUUUAUCCAGGGUUGCAACGCGUGUCUGACUGGCGAGAGUCGAAUUGCCUGGUCUUUUGCUAAGUCCGGAGGCCUCCCUUAUGGCUCAUGGCUCACCCAAGUCGACGGCAAAACGCUCGUUCCUUUCAACUCGGUUCUGGCGUGCGCGGUGGUGGCACUGGCUUUUGAUGCUCUCGAGUUUGCCCCCGCGUAUGUUCUUAAUGCCAUUUACGGAUCUGCCGGAAUCUGUUUCGGAGUUUCAUAUGGCUUGCCAGUAGCGUUGUUGGUGCUUCAGGGUCGGCAACGUCUUCCCGCCAAGCGAUACGUCGACCUCGGCCGUGUGGGCAUCAUCUUCAACAUCCUCAUGAUCGGCUGGAUCUGCUUCCAAGUUAUCUUCUUGAGCUUCCCACUGAAUUACCCAGUCACCACUAACAAUAUGAAUUGGGCUUCGGUUGUCGCCGUGGGUUGUUUCGUGCUUGCCAUUGGUAAUUGGUUCAUUAUUAAGGACAAGUAUCGAGUUCCGGAAGCAUUGGCUUUUGAGGUUGUUCCACAUCGUUCUUCUCAUCAUCGUCAUCAUCAUCGCCACCACUAG